AUGGAUGAAAUUCACCAAAACACACUGACGUACAUCAAUGAUUUUGAGCUUUACGACUUCAUUGACAAUCCAAAUUUUGAUCAGUUCAUCAAUUUGAUCCGUGGGGAGAAUGAAGAUGCCAACUGUGAAUUUGGUUCUGACCUCAUCAAUGAUUGUUUUGUUAACAAUCAGCUCCAUUCAUGUCCUGCAGACCCUUUUGAUCAGAACAAUAACAAUGCUGUGAAUGUCUAUGAGCCUAGCUCCACAUUUAGCUCCUUCUCUUGUUUUGAUGGGGAGAUCAAGGGAGAAGGAGAAGGAGAAGGAGAAGAAGAACAUGAUGGAGCGCAUUCUUCUGAAACAACAACGACAACAACAACUACCAAGAAUGAUGACUCCAAAUCGAAACUGAAAACUGAUAGGUCCAAGACUCUCAUUUCUGAGAGGAGAAGGAGAGGCCGAAUGAAGGAGAAGCUUUACGCAUUGCGUUCUUUGGUUCCCAACAUAACUAAGAUGGACAAGGCUUCUAUAAUUGGAGAUGCAGUAGCAUACGUGCAUGAUCUUCAAGCUCAAACUAGGAAGCUGAAGGCUGAAGUUGCAGGACUCGAAGCAUCCUUAUUAGUGUCUGAAAAUUAUCAAGGAUCAAUUAACAAUCCCAACAAUGUGCAAGUUGCCCGUAAUAGUCAUCCAAUCUGCAAGAAGAUCAUGCAGUUGGAGAUGUUGCAAGUGGAGGAAAGAGGGUAUUAUGCAAAAAUAGUGUGCAACAAAGGAGAAGGAGUGGUUGCAUCGUUGUUCAGGGCUCUUGAGUCUCUUGCAGGUUUUAAUGUUCAGAAUUCAAACUUGGGUACAGUUUGUGACAGUUUUCUACUUACAUUUACACUGAACAUAAAAGGAUCUGAAGCAGAGAUUAACCUGGCAAAUUUGAAGCUAUGGGUGACUGGCGCCCUUCUGAAUCAAGGAUUUGAAUUCGAGGCAUCUUUCUCUGGUUGA